AUGGAACAUGCAGUUAGUAACUCUAAUGGAAAAAUUUGGCUUUUUUGGUCUAACGCAAUCACUGGUAAUAUUCGUGAAAAUAGUGAGCAACAUAUCACAGGAGACUUCAAGCAUUCUGAUCUUACUGAAGGUUUCAUGGUGUCCUUCAUUUAUGCUAAGUGUAAGGAACAUAUGAGAAGACCUUUGUGGGAUAGUCUACUACAGUAUGCUAGCUUGGACAUACCUUGGUGUACCAUUGGAGACUUCAAUGUUAUCACCAAUAUAGAGGAAAAGCUUGGGGGAAUGCCUUACAACAUGAAUAAGAGCUUUGAGUUUAUAGGUGUGAUUGAAGCCUGUGGCCUUACUGAUCUGGGCUUUACAGGUAUACCUUUCACUUGGUGUAACCAAAGGACUGCACAAGCUAGAGUUUGGAAGAGGUUGGACAGGUCCAUGGUCAAUGACAAGUGGCUAGAGAUCAUGCCACAAACUACUAUUGAACAUCUAUCCUCAGUUGGAUCUGAUCACAACCCUCUUUUGAUGGAAUUGGUUAGGAAAAAUGAGAAUCACAUCAAAUAUUUCAAGUUCCUUCAUUGCUGGGUGGAUAAUGUUAAUUUUAUGGAGACGGCUCGAAAGUGUUGGGAUACGGAUGUCACAGGUGAUCCUAUGUGGCAACUUCAUCAGAAAAUGAAGAGGCUAACACACACUCUUAGCAACUGGUCAAAGAAUGAAUAUGGAGAUAUUUAUGCCAAAGUGAAAGAAUUUGAAGAAACUAUCAAGAAGGCUGAGGAGGAACUGCUUACACAUAACACUGAAGCACUGAGACAACAACUACAUCUCAUGAAUGCCAAUUAUAUUAGAUAUUUGAAGUUGGAGGAAUCCAUCCUUAAACAAAAGACUCAACUCCAAUGGUUUAAGGAAGGAGAUGCCAACACCAAAUAUUUUCACGCUUUGAUGAGGGGUCGAAGAAGAAGACUCUUUAUACAUAAAAUCUGUACAGGGAAUGAUGUGUGGGUUCAAGGGGAUGAGCAGAUAGCACAAGCAACCUGUGAUUACUUCCAGGAAAUGUUUACUGGUCACAAUCGCAGAAUAGAUGGAAGAAUCCUUCAAUAUUUGCCUACUCUAGUCACGCCUGAGCAGAACCAGAAACUGCAGGAAAUGCCUACUUUGGAGGAACUAAAGCAGGUGGUGUUUGCCAUGAAUCCAAACUCAGCACCUGGCCCUGAUGGUAUUGGUGGUAAAUUUUACCAAGCAUGCUGGAACAUAAUUAAAGAGGAUCUGCUAGCUGUUGUACAACACUUUUUUUGUGGUCACAUUAUGCCCAAGUUUAUGUCUCAUGCAUGUUUGGUUUUGCUUCCCAAAAAGGAGUAG